AUGACACUAACAUACCUUGAAGUUCAGCCUUACGCAUCUUAUCUGCCUCCUCCAUACGCUGCUUUUGUUUUCCGGCUGUUGCCACAUCCACAGUGCAAUCAAACCGUCCGAACCGAUGGAUUAUUGCUGACUUUGAGAGGCCAGGUACUCGUUUUCUUGAAUGGGACAUGGGUAGAUGCAGCAGUACAGCAGGGUAGGGUGCUUGAUGCUGGUGAUGGGUGGCUGCAGAAAAACAGCAGUAGAAUGGCGGUGUGGAGUCGUGGACAAUGGUGGUGGUAG